ACAAGUACACACGAGAAGGCGCGCAGUGAUGCAGCGAGGGCAGCUGCCAGUGGGGACACGACAUGUCCCUAUUCACCUCGUGGCCUGUCAGCAGUACGGAUGGUAUCAAUGCCCGACACUCCCUUUCAUCUCAGCCAGCUCCGACACUUGGUGUCUGGAGCAUUCGCCUACCACCCCUACUCAGGCACCACACGUGACCUCCAGCAUUAGACCGAAAGCACAAGAAUCCCCCUCAAUAACGGAAGUGGAUACACUAACUGGAUGUUUGCCGUUUUGCUCGGCCCGUCCAUCUGGACCCACGUUUGAGAAUCACGGCUUGGUCUGCACCUCUUCCCCAGGCACCGUUUCAGCACCGCCUUCACGCAUGCAACUAUUUUUCAAACUCGGGGACCCCUUGCACAGUCGUGCCGUUGUCAGCAGCAUCGCGGCACAGUUGUCUGUAGGUAUAGACUAUACUAGUAAGCAGUAUGUCACUGCCUCUCUAGUCGCCUUGCAGGCCAUGUUAUGGUCUGCAAAUCAAGCUGGAAAAAUUCAUCUCUGGUCGACAAGACUUCUGUCAUCUAUAAGGCCGCUGUUAUCCAUUGCUUCUCCACAACCAAGUCAAUGUUUUACCGGCGUACUAAACAUCGCCGGGAGACCCACCCGUUGUCUGUCUGUGCGACGCGGAUCCUCCGUCCCCGUAAGGCAGGAACUUUUGUUUCAACCGUUCAUCCCUCGUGUAUCAGUUGCACAAAUCCAGCUUUUUCCUCUAGUACAGAGUAUUACCCACCGGGUCCAGGGUCUAACUCUAUUCCAUACUUUCGAAACUUAACACCAACUUUGGUAUACAUGUCAAACGUUCCGACAGUCAGAUCACCCGCCGCCUCGGCCUCUAAAUACGCCACGGUAAGACCGUUAUGAGGUUAACGAACAGCAUAUAUAAGGCAGGCCACCUGCUGUGAAGAUGAUCCACAACUCAGUCAUUCAGCACAUUUCCACACACAGCCUCUUUUACUCUUCCUUCGCUCUUUCAGGCUCAGGCAGCUCUUCCCUCGUUCCAGCAACACAGCAUUGUUGAAAAGCAUUCAUCAACAUACAUACCCUGCGCCUAUACUCCAGUCUUUUAUACACACACACACAC